AAGUAGGGUGGACACCGUCGAGCCCAGCUCCCCGCCGAACUGAGACCACUGAGACCCGACUUCUUUGACUUCUUAUAAUCCCAGUGACUGUACAGUAGUCGCCGGUCGCCGAUUCUGUAAUUCACAGUCAAGGUAUUUAAGCUAGUCACAAAACGAUUUCUAAACCAUUAACAGUGCUUAUUUGGACCAAAAAUAUAUGUAUGAGCGUAGUCAGAGAUUGCAUACAAUGAUUGGUUUAACAGUCUGGGCUGAGUUGCUCAGCGUAUAUGCUCUGACCACAGUAUUUAAUUAACUUUGAAAUGCUUGUAAACGUACGUAGACUUAGAGCUCAUUUGUCUCAUUAGAUACAUUGAGUAAAUCUCUCUAUACAUAUAGUUUUUGAACCUUUAUCGAUUGAAAACACCACAGAUCCAUACAAAUGAAGUUACAUAAUAGCUGAUUCUGAGUCAAGCUCUACUUGACGUAAGCUCGUUCAUUUAAAACAAAUUUUUUUAACGGCGAAAAUAAAAGCUUAAGGAUGCAAUUUACGCAAACUAUCUGCUACGAAAUUUCUAGUCCAGAAAGGAAUUAUAGGACAUUUCAAUAACAAAGAAUUUGCAUGCCAAAACUAUUUCCAACCCCCAACCCCUGACUUUUGUUUCCCACUUCCAUGUUAGAAUGCUGUUUACAGCAAAGGGAAAACCACCCACUAUCUUAUUUUCAUACAAAACAAAGAGAGAAUUUGGGGUUAGGUAGCACUUUCUUCUCAGUUAUUUAAAGAGCCUGAGUGUUGGUCCAACCGUGGUUCGAACCCACGACCUCCCACUCAGCCGACUGGUGCUCUCCCAACUGAGCUAACCAGGCUAUACAACUUUGGCCUAGCAUCGUACGAUGAAUUAACUAACAAAUAAGUAAACGUAAAAGACAAGAAACUAACAUCAUUGGAUCUUACAAUGAAGGUACAUAAGAAGACAUUGACUAUGAUCAGACAAGCUGAUGUAGGGGGAAUGUUAAAAAAACAAGACUAAUAUCUUAACGGUGGCACUAGCCAGCUACGGAGAUGUGUAAGAAGAACGUAAGAAGACGUUUUAAAGUCUAACAUCUUAAAAGGAGCAAACUGACAUACGGCAAAACAUGUACGUUGUAAGUCUUGCCUUAUCUACGCUUCCCUCUAACAAAAUGUAAUUUGUUCAUGCUGGGUUUGAGUUGCUGGACAAUGCAGAGCACUAGUUCAUUUUACCCAGGCGAGAUGCAUUGUCCGGGAUCCCUAAUUAUUAGAGAUCCCAGACAAGGGGUUAUCUUCUUGAAACAGAAGAUGACUCACCAACUGACGACCAGCUCUUAAAAUGUAUUUACCAGCAGCCAAAUUUUAGUCACAUUGAUGACUAUUAAGUUGCAAUCUUGAGCCCUGAAUAUCUUAUGAACUCUGUAAGCACUUGUGUGUAUUAUCUUCCAAGAAUAAGAAUUAACCCCUAUGGUUAUGGCUGUGUACUUUUGAGGUGCUUGAGUGUGCUCAUUUGCUAAGCAUAUUUGUUUGACUUAUCCUAAAACCUGUAUUACUUUUGACAGAAAGUUUGAUGUCCUUAGUGUUAGAGUGGAAAACAUAAAUGCUUCAUUAUAUCCUGGAUGAACUUCAGAAUUGUUGUAAGGUGUCUGGAAAAGGCGAACACCAUGUUGAGACAUCAAAACCCAAGUGGAAUUUCAUACUCCGUCAGAAGGACCAUUAAAACUGGAACAAAGAACCAGCCUACUCUUAUGCCAGUUCAUGGAUUUGUCUUUGAUUUGGACGGAACACUUACUCUACCAGUCUUGGAUUUUACUUUGCUUCGAAGUAACCUUCAGUGUCCUAAAGGAACAGACAUUUUGGAAUUCUGCAAUUCAAAAUCUGGGAAGGAUAAAGAAAUAGCCUUCAAGUUGGUUGAGGAGUUUGAAGAAGAAGGACGACAAAAGACAAAACUUCAACCUGGUGUCUUUGAACUUCUCAAAUUUUUGUCACAGCAUGGAUUGAAAAGAGCUCUUAUCACAAGAAAUCUGCAGCCCUCUGUAGAUCAGUUCCUAGACUUGUUGGGUGAUCCAGCUAAUUAUGGUGGACCAUUUACUCAUGUAAGCACCAUUCUUAGCCUGCAAAACCAGCCGUCUCUCCCUGCUCCUUGCUGAAAGAGAGAUUUUACAUCAUCAGUAUUUAAUUUCUGUUGCUGAGGUGCAGACCUCUCCUGUGAAACGUCCCUACCAGCAAAGAUCAAGGAGAGGCUGUUUUUGCAGGCUACACCAUUCUACCAAAUACAUAAUGAUCCAACAUGUGAGCAGAGCCUUUUUUACCUCUUACAAUUCUUGAGUAAGGAAGAAUCUUUUUUUCAUAAAGUAUCAGUGAACAAAGGCUCUGCUCGUACAGUGGUAAUAUUACUAGCUAAUCUUUCUCACAAAUGAACAUGACCUCUUUGUUUAGAACACAACAGUAUACACUUUAUAUAAGUAAGUUAUGAACUAAAGCUAGUAAAGUACAGUGAGUAUGUCAGUUUUUUUAUCAUUCACUUCUGAAUGACUAUUUUGGAGAGACUAUUUUUGCAGUUGGGAUGAUGGUGGCCAUUUCAUUUAUGGAGAGGUGACCACUCCCAGGUUUCAACAUCUACCGGUAUAUCAAAGCUCUUCACUGUACAGAGGUCACUGGGAUGUUGUGGAGAUCAAUGUAGCAAGCAUGCAUGCUAUAAGGUUUGGCAGGAGUAGAAAGUGAGGGUAGAAGUUAUGUUAUGUAGGAAACCAGAAGAUAAAAGGUGUCAUUAUUAUCUCCUAGCCUAAUGUCAUCUUUAUGAGUUGUUGACUGUCCCCUAGACUAAAACAUUUGCCUUAGUCAGUGCAGUCAAUACAUGGACAGUCCCAGUCUGUAUUACUUCAGAAGAUGACCAGCCUCCCAGCUUGACAGAUGAACAGUAUUGGCCAUUCUUUUUAAACUACCGCAACAGUAGUUGUGGGACAUCAUGGUAGUGCUUUUUAAUUUCUGUUUGUAUUUAUGUCUUUUUAAUAUAAUUUUUUUAGUGUAACUUGUUGGGCAAUUGACAUAAAUGGUGUAAUGGUUCAAUAUUAGACCAUAUUAGUGUAAUAAAAAGAACUGCUUUGAAAUAAUAAUAUUAUUAUCAUUUCAUUGCUGUUCUGUAGCUGUAAUAUUUUUAAUCAACUCUGCCAUUGGUUUUUAAGGUUUGUCCUUAUAGUCCAGUAAAAUAUGCAAACCCCACAUUACCACCUUACAAAUGUUUUUAAAAUUUGUUUUCUUUUUCCUAUUUAGUCUCUUACGCGAGAUUUUACUCCACCCAAACCUGACCCCGCCCCUCUUUUGCACAUUUGUGGGCAGUGGGGAGUGCACCCAAGAAGUGUAGUGAUGGUUGGUGAUCAUCUUCAUGAUAUACAAUGUGGAAAGGAUGCAGGUUCAGGUACACAUUCUUACAGUAAUACAGUGGAACCUUGUUAUACAGACAUCAAGGGGCAUGCCAUUGUGUCUGUAUUAAGCGGGCUGUCAGAAAAACACGUCCUGGCACAGACACAUUUUUUAUUGAUAUUGAGAUACAAUGGAGCAUUCACUGUAGCAGAAAGCCAAGGAAGUGAAGCUUGUGUAUUUAAAUAGGAGGCAGAAAACUUAAAUAAAGGACCACAGCACAAUGGUCAAACACCUGAGGAAAGACAGAGUGAACAAAAUGAAACAUGUUACCCUAUCUCACUACUGUAUUUUUGGCAAUGAAAUUGUAUCAGUCUUUAGAAAUCUUUCAUUAUUUGAGUAGUUUAUAAUGUUUGCAAUUGGCACACAUUAAAAAUAGACAGUGCAGAGAUGCUCACACAGAAAAGUAUCCAUUGUCUGUAUUAGAAGGGUUUCUGCAUAUUAGGCAGGAUGCUAAUUUGGGGGGAAAGAUUUUUUUCUGGAAAAACUGUCCAUUAUAAUUAUACAAGUGUCUGUAGAGCAUGGUUCCACUGCAAUAACUUUAUUAGAGUCUGAGAAAACUCCUAGCUUGGCACAAGAGCUUCAGGAAGACUGGAAAAUCAAGAUUCCAAAUUUUUAUCAAAAGUUUAGCCGUGAAAAGAAUGUUUAAGUGAAGCUCCAAUCCCCUCAAACCCAGACUCGGCAACGUCUUGGGGUCUCAUGUCCUGGAGCAGACUGGUAAAAGAUACCCUGGUAUCAAUGUUGCCCAAGACCUACUCAGUUAUUGCAAAUUAAGUGAUUUGUCAGUGUCUCACAGAUCAAUAACUAUUUGCCUCGACCUUCUGCUUUGGCAAAUAAGUGAUUUGCUCCCCACUGAAAAAUCAUGAUAUUUUGCUCAACCUAGUCCGAUAAUAGUAAUUGAUUCAGAUGAUUUGCCUUUAAAAUAAUCAUUCAUUUGAUAAUGCUUCUUAUUUUAGUAACAGUGCUGCUAAAUGAUUCUAAGAAUGCUGAUUUCAAGAAAUAUGCAGACUUCAAUGUCGACUCAUUGCAGGGGAUUAUCACAUUAAUUACCUCACAAGAGAUGUUUACCGUGGACAGGGAAGAUUCUAGUUUUCAGACAUGACAAAGUCUCAUGUUUAGAGACUGAAAACCAUUCCAUUUUACACUGUAUUAUUGUACGAUCAUAGUGUAAAAUAAUAUAUGAGAGGUUGAAAUUGUUAAUAAAAAGUUCACUAAAUCAAGG